AACAUUAUCUUUGAUGAGGAGGAGAUCAGAUUCUAAAAAAUGCUCUCUCAUCAAACGCAUAUGACAUGUGCGAGAGAGAGAUGAGUUUUAUUAGUAUAAAUCUUUCUCUAUCAUUGAGCUAUUAUUACUCUCCUCAAACCCCAAAAAGGUUUCAUUUUUAACCCUCUUUUGAGAAUUUUUGUUUCUGUCCAGGUUGAUCCAAAUCAUUACUUUCUGUGGAAAAAAGUUAAGAUUUUUAUGUUCUUCUGAUCUAAAGUUUCCAUUUUUAUUCUCUGGGUUUUGUUCUUUUCUUAGUUUCCUUCACGUUGAGAACAACCAAUCUUUUAGUCUUCCACGGAAAUUAAAAUUUGAGUGAAGUUUCGACUUUCUAGCUACUUUGACCGAAUCUGUUUCUUCUCUCUCUCUCUCUCUCUCUCGUUUUCAUCGACGACUUUGUUGAAGAGUUGGUUUUAUCUUUGAUCAAAACCCAUAAGAGAAGAAGGAGGAAUCUGAUCUGCAAUUUUCUUACAGGGGAAUCUGAAAGACAGAUGGGAUCUUUCAAGGGUCAUGCUUUGCCUGGUACAUUGUUCUUAGUGGUUGGAGUAUGGCACAUUUGGAGCUCAGUUGUUCGGUUCAUAUCGAAUCCUAGUUCAUUUCGGGUUCGAGUUUGGCACCCUGUUCCUGGUUUUAACGAUAGGAUCAAGUACUUGGAGCUUUACGUUGUUACAAUUGGCUCAUUCAUUGACUUGUGCAUCGAGUUUUUCUACUCAACUCAUCUCAAGUUCUUUGUUAAUGGUGUUCUGAAUCCUUCCCACAUGAAUGAUUUCGAGCACUCUGGGAUGCUUCUCAUGUUCUUCAUGCUCGGAUUUAUCGCUUUGCUCUCCGAGAAAACAAGGUUACUUCCUCUGCCACAAGAAGCUCUGUGUCUAGUUGCUGCAACAGCUUUUACAGCAGAAUGUCUUCUCUUCUUCUUCCACUCCACAAGUCACAAAGGUCUUGAAGGUUAUUAUCAUCUCCUCCUUGUCUUUCUCAUCGGUCUCUGUGUCAUCUCCUCAAUCGCAGGAGCAAUAUGCCCUACGAGCUUCCCAGUAGAUCUAUGCAAUGGCAUUGCAAUGACUCUUCAAGGCCUCUGGUUUUAUCAGACAGCUUUCACUCUCUAUGGCCCUAUGAUGCCUGACGGUUGCAGUUUAAAACAAAACUCUGUAGUUUGCAGAUCAGUCGACUCUGAAGUCUCUGGAGAGUUUCUAGCUAAUUUUCAGCUCUUCUCUUUGGUUCUUGCUGUUCUUGCCUGCGUUGUGGGUUCAUAUGUUUUUGCAGCUUCAAAAUAUGGAGUGAGUAGAUGAGAGACUUAGCAACUAGUAAUUAGAAAUUUUGUUCUUUUCAUUGUUACAGAGUUUCAGAAAGAUAUAAAAAAAGUGACUUCUUUUUUUU